AUGUCUACGGUUAGCAGAACAGACCCGCUCUCGCCGUCACCCCCACGCCGGAUAGCCGACGAGGGUGUCCUAACGCCUACGCAGCCAGACUCGCCGUCCCAGGACCAGCCCCAGAGACGAGGACACAAACCCGUGCGGAACCGGUUAUCGCGGCGGGAGCAAAGCAAGUAUGCGUGUUUCAGGUGUCAGAAGAAGAAGACAAAAUGCAACCGCCCACGGUCACAUACACGGUGUGAAGCCUGUAUCAAGCGCAAUGAUGUGUGUGAGUAUGACGUGAGGGAGGGCGCCGUCUCACGCUACGCCCACCUGAAGCAGACUUCCGAACAGCUGGAACGGGAAAACGGAAAUUACAAAGGUUUCUUGGCCAACAUUGUCUCCCGGCCUGAUUGUGAAAAGCUUGAGAUCUUCCGGAAGCUGGGAACCACUGAAAAUCCGCUUUCGACCUUGGAGGAUGUCAGGGCCGUUGAUGCUCUACACAGCGCCAGCGUGGGGGUUGCCACGAUAGACGCGGAAGCCCUGGAGGAGAGCCUCAUCAAGGUGCCAGCACGGCCCUGGACGUCAGUCGCCGGAGAUGGCUUGGUCUCGCACCUCAUCUCGGACUUCUUCGAUCGAGACGAAGGCGACCCCUUUGCGAAUGCCAUUUCCCUCAUCGACCCGGAACUAUUUGUGAGGGACAUGGCGCUUGGUGAUCCCUCGCAGAGCGAUUUCUGCUCUCCGUUCCUCGUCAAUACCAUCUGCGGCUUACGCUCGAUGUUUUCGGACAAGAUCGACCUUGCCAACGAGGCAACGGGCACAAACCUCACGAAGCUGUUCGUGGCUCAGGCGAAACAACAUUUCGAGAUUGAGGCUGACAAGCGCUGCCUCAAGACAGUUCAGGGGCUCUACUUGUUUUUCUUGUUAACUUGUCAUAUCACCACUAACAGGGCGGGCUCUAUGUACCGCCUCGCAGCCUUGGAACAACUCGGGAAGUUAGAGGUCGAAAAGGUACUGACCAAGCCGGCGAGCAACAAUCAGGUGGAUACAGACAGACGUCGCGCCAUGUACAGGACGUACUGGGGUAUCUUCAAUUUUGAGUGGUGCGUCAUGGUCUCAUCUUCAUUCUUUGCCACACACACUGGCCCCAACGUAUUCGGCCCACCGGCCGGGCUGGGUCAACCCCCGGUUGUGAGUCGAAUAUCAGCCUUACAAUACCGCGCCGUGAUCUACAACAACAAGCCACGGGCCCCAAUAGGGGACGAGAUGGACAUGCGGGUCCGACAAGAUCUCCUCUUCCAGCUCAACGCCCUCGAAACCUCGCUGUCGCCAAACCUACGCUACGACACCAACCCCAACCGGAAGACCACCCAGAUCAAAAUCCACCUCAACAUGGUCGCGUACAACAUCCUCCGCCCCCUCCCCUCCACCACCCCCAUCCUCCUCCAAACCAACACCACCCCCCCAACCACCAGCACCACCACCGCCAAAGCCCUCCUCCUGGCCCUCAGCGCCUGCGACAUCCACCUGAUGCACAGCUACCUGACCCAGCGCGCCGCGCUCAAAUACACCCCCGCGCUCGUCAUCCCCUUAUGGAGCGCCGUCUUCACCUUGGUGCCCUUCCUCGACGACCCGGAAACACACGACAUGUUCGCGCGCGGGUGUGCGCUGCUGGAGGUGUUUGAGCGGGAUAUGCAGGGGGUGCGGACGUUCCGGCGCGGGAUCUUGGCGGUGGCGUGGAAGAUUGGGGUGGGGAUUCCUGAUGCCGCGGCGGAGGCUUUGGCGGGGCUGGAGGGGGAGGUCAGGGAGGGGGGCGGUGGAGUUGAGGGAUGUGCCGGUGGACUUUGUGAUUGCGGUUCCCGGGGAGGUUUUUGA